ACACUUUCAAAGUGCGUCAUGAACAGCUGGAAAAAGAGGAUUCCGGAAAAAGGAAAAGAGAGCAGCGCUGGAAACAGUCUGUGGACCCGGACCCGGAGCGGAGAUGAUCCCAAACAACAACAACAACAACAUUUCUCAGCCUGAAGCCGAGCCGUGAGAAGACAGCUGCGCGCACCGAGCGGCCCUCCACUCAUUUAACGCUCAACCAAACAAGUUGAUUUGAACUUUUUUCUUUGCAGUUUUGAGUUGGUGUGUUUUUUUUGUUUUUUUCCUCCACUUUAAUUCCUGCUGUGGAAGCCAGAGAGGAAAAAGGAAGAAGGAGGCAGGACGGAUAUCAUGGAGAUCCUGGACAGCAGCGAGUCGUUGCUCCACUGGGACAGAAACCUGAGCGAGCUGUCCGAGGCCGAGGAGCUGGACUCUCUGCUCUACACCAAUCACUUCUCCGAACUCCUGGACGACCUGUCCCCCGAUGCGCUGCUGGGCCAGCUGCUCAGCGACCCCUUCCUGUCCGGGGACAAAGGCGGCGCGGAGUCCAUGGAGGGGGAGGACGGCAGCGAGCUGUCCCCGUCCUCCCCGCUGCCGCCGCACAUCACCGCCGAGCACAGCUACUCCCUGUGUGGAGACAGCCGGCCUCAGUCGCCGCUGUCGCACCUGACCGGAGAGCACGGCAGCGAACCAGAGUCCGAUGGAGACUCCCCUGAGUGGGCCAUGGAGCAGGAGGAGGCCAUUGAGGGCCUCCUCUGUGAGAGCCCCUCCCUGCUCCCCACUCUCUCGCUCUCUCCGGCCUCCAGCGAGGGCCCUCGGGGACCCUCGGGUCCGGCUUUGGCCCCCGUGGCUCAAACUGCACUCGGUGGCAUCAUCAACCAAGGCAAAGCCAUCAAGAUUAAGGAGGAGAAAAUCAUCCCUGAGAUUAAACUGGAGCCACAUGAAGUGGAUCAGUUCCUCAAUUUUUCACCCAAAGGCCUGGAGUCGCCACAGAUGCCUCCAACUCCUCCCAGUUCCCACGGCAGUGACUCGGAGGGUAGCCAGAGCCCCGUCCACGCCACCCCCACCCUGUCCUGCCCCACCUCCCCCAGCAGCCCGGCCCCGUCUCAGGCCAGCGUGAAGGUGUCUCCCCGCGCUGCUUCCUCCCUGUCCAACUCCCCUCUGCUCACCGCUCCUCAUAAGUUACAGGGGUCGGGGCCGCUAAUCCUGACCGAGGAGGAGCGUCGAACGCUGGUGGCCGAAGGUUAUCCCGUUCCCACCAAACUGCCUCUCACCAAAGCCGAGGAGAAGGCGCUGAAGAAGAUCCGCAGGAAGAUCAAGAACAAGAUUUCAGCCCAAGAGAGUCGCAGGAAGAAGAAGGAGUACAUGGACACUCUGGAGAAAAAGGUGGAGACAUGCUCCAAUGAAAACAACGAGCUGCGCAGGAAAGUGGAAACCUUGGAGUGCACAAACAAAUCUCUGCUGCAGCAGCUGCAGGCUCUGCAGGCGAUGGUGGCAGGAAAAAUCCAGAAGUCGUGCAGGAUGGCUGGCACCCAGACAUCCUCAUGCUUAAUGGUGGUCGUGUUGUGCUUCGCUCUCUUUCUGGGGAGUUUUUACCCGAGCAGCUUCACUCUGUCUUCAAGCAUCACCGAAACGGGCGUAGCGUCCAAACAGAUGCCUGAAUCCUACACAGCUACAGUUAAAUCCAGGAGUUUGCUGUCGACCUUCGAGGACGAGCAGCCGCACCUCCUGGGCCUGGGGGGCGAAUACCCCGAGCAGUGGGAGGACACGGCGGCCGUCAUCAUGGCGGCGUGGCGGCGCUCGGAGCAGCAGAAGCUCAGCUCGGAGGCAAACAGGGCGGAGACGCACCCGCCUUUCAGGAACAAGUGCAACGACACGCAGAAGAACCUGCUGCUAGACCUGAACAGGUCGCAGCGGGCGAACGGGAGCAGCAGUAAAGUUUUAGAGCUGGAUCGAUCGGUCAACGAGACUUCGUGAGGUCUUAUUUCAAAAGAUUGGUUUUGUUCCUCAGAAGUGUCCUGAAGGCAGACUUUCUUCAGCAGCACCCCCUGUUGGCUGGCUAAGGUCCUACGCCACCUCUGCUCCGUCAAAUAUACUCAAAUUCUAACAACGAGGCACUGGCUGCCUUGUAUUUCUGAAUUAAAGUUGCACUGAUGGUUUCCGGCUUAAGGUAAAAAAAA